GCAGUACGAUGCCAGAAGCCGGCUCAGUGUUACACAAGCAAGCAACGAAGCAACACGCAUAAUAACACUACUGAAGAAGCAACAACAAAAACCAUGGGAGGAGUGACAGUUGAUGUCGAAUACUGUGGAGGAUGAGGUUACGGGCCCCGCUAUCAGGAGCUCGCCCGCGUUGUCAAGGGUGAGUUUCCCGAUGCGGUUGUGUCAGGCGCCGUGGGAAGAAGUAGCAGCUUUGAGAUUAAAAUCAACGGGCAGCUGGUCUUCUCCAAGCUUGAGCAAGGAGGUUUCCCAUAUGAGGAUGAUAUCAUGAACGCUAUCCAGUGCGUAUAUGACGGGAAACCGGUACAGAAGAUCACCAAAAGCCGUGCACCAUGUGUCAUCAUGUAAACCCUCCUCUCUCUGUCCUUGCCUUCACCUACCAGCAGCAUCGAGACAAGGAUAGUGCAACUGCGUAUACUGCUACCACCACCUCUGGUAUACCCUGACCCUGUUAACAAAGACUGGGAUAAAACCUUAAAUCCAACAGAGGUGCACUAUGGCCACAAGCCCCUUUCUGUGAUGCAGAGAUUGACCGCUGCUCUGCUGUCUGACUCCCCUCUUUGUUCUCACUGCGGUGCUCCAGGCUGUUAAUGAUUACUUUAGCCUAAAAUAUAAAGGUUAUGGUAUGAUGAAUCCAUUCCUGGAGUUUCCUGCUUCUGAGAUCAGAGACAGGGAGAAGCUUUAGCAGACGGGUUGGAGGGAGGUCACUUUUCAUUUCCUCUCUUUUCUUGCAGCCUCAUUGCCUGGCGUUCUCUAACUGCCUAACUGUUUUCCUCUUUUUCUUUUUUUGCUUGUUGAUUCAUCUCAAAUGCAAUUAACAAUUAUCAUUAAAAUGCAAGGACUGGACAAAUUGGUUGCACAUAAUUUCUAAGCAUAAAAGGAGCCUCUCUUGGUUUCUGCCUCUGUUCUAUACUGUAACUAAAGCAUUUUCUUCCCCCUGAGAUUUGAUAACAAUACACUGUUGACUGUACAGGUUUUAGAUAGAAAAUCAUCCUAAUCUGCAGUGGGUAAAUUUGACUGGUUUUAAACAUUAAAAUCAUUGAUCUUAACACUGCCUUUGUCUGCAGCUCCUUAACCCCCUUAAUUUUUUCGUUCUGCCAACUGUCAAGUCUGAAUCUUUUUUUUUUUUUUUUUUUUUUUUUUUUUUUUUAAAUUGUUCCUGUUUGAAUUAAACUGGUCAGGUAAUGGAGCAUUCAUCAGUAGUGCUUCUGAAGACCACCACCCACUGGUCUGUCAGCUCACACUUAUUAGAUGUUAGCUCAUUCUCCACAAAUCAUGUUGUAGUUUUUUCUGAUGUCAAAAAAUCUUAGUCUUUGAAUAAAGGUAAUAGUUGUUUAAAA